AUGACGACGACGACCCACUACCUGACGCUAAGCCUCCGCAGCGUCGAGAUGCUAACUGCGCUCGUCGCGGUGGUCGCGCUCUGCCACGUCUUUCACCCGGCCAAGCCUCCGGUGCGCAAGCUCCUUGUGCUUGCAGGCUCGUACACGGUGGGCACCAUGCUCGUGGCGACCAGUGCGGCGCUCUUGCUCUCGGCGGGCUCCGUGGUGCAGCAUGCGAGCACGCGCUGGUCGGCAUGGCUGCCUCGCGUCGGCGCCCAAGCCAAGGCGGCGGUUGCCUUUGCCUCGGUCUUCCUCGUGGGCACGAUCAUGCUCGCGGACAGCUCGCACUACCGCUACUGCCACCGCAGCGCCAACGUGAGCUGCUCGGCGCUCGAGUGGAGCAUGACGACUCUGUUUGUGCUCUCGAUGCUCUGCGGCGUCGACGCCGUAUUGCAGUACGACCAGUUGCACGCGGCGCCGGAAGACAUGCCGCUCACGCCAUGCGCCAAGCCCAGCGCGACGAUGCGCAUGGAAGCGGUGACGCCUAACUAGGAAAGAGGACG